AUGGUUCAAAGAAAGGUUCCAAACAAGCUUGGUAUCAAAACUCAUCUUCUUAAAUCCGAUACCCACUUGGAAUACCUCCGACCAUCGUCUCCAAAAUCCCAUGACCUCAAAAAGAUCAUGAAGAAACCCAGACCCGUCGACUCCCGCCCCUCUCCGCCACCACCGCCGCCGCCUCUCAGAAAGAAAAGACCACAUGACGCCGGAGCAAGAGCAAGUCCGCAGAAGCAAUCGCCCAACUACAUGAAGUCCACCACCAGUUUCGAUGCAAGGAAAGAUGUACGGAAGAUGACUCCGACUCUAAAAGGUGAUUCAGAAAAAGUGAAACAAUCGAGUUUGAAGGUGGUGAGGAAGUUGACGAAAACUCCGAGUUUUAAACCGUUGAGGCCUUUGAAGUGUUCGCCGGUGAUGUUAAGUGCUCGGAGGACGACGUGUUCGUCGACUUUGAAAGACGCGAAGUUUCCGAGUUACCUUGAACUCAGUCAUGGAGGGACUGAGUUGGAAGGGACGUCCGCGAUGAAGGUAUGUCCGUAUAAUUACUGUUCGCUCAACGGCCACCACCACGCUCCGGUGCCGCCGUUGAGGUGUUUCUUGUCGGCGAGGAGACGUGCUUUGAAGAAUCAGAAGAGUUUUAAGCUUGGGUGUUUAUCUCCACGUCAGACAAAGCCUGGUGUGAAGAAAAACGAUGAAGUUGUUACAGAGCAGGUGAUCUUCGCAGAUGAAGGUCCAGAAGCAGAUAUGGAAAUGGAAGUCACACCUGUCACUCCGGUGAUGGAAGAAGAAGAAGUAGAAGAAAACAGAGAUUUCUUUGUUGAAAUUUACAGUAAAGACAAGGAGGAUAAUUUGGAGUGCUCCGCCAUGGAUUGGGAGGAGGGGUACUGUUCUUCUUCUUCAUGUGUCGAUGACGGAAUAACUAUGAAGUCGCCGGAGAUUGAAGAUGAUGAUAGACGUGAAGAGAAAAUUCAGAAGAUUGGUUUUGAGAGCUUGUACGAUGGGCUUCAGGAGUUGUACGAUGAAGAAAGCGUGAGCUCUGGAGCGUGGUCUGAUUCGGAGGGUGAUUAUGAUUAUGAAUCGGACAGUUUGUAUCAGCAAAUGAAGAUCAAUCACCAAAAUGAAAUGGAAGACGAUGAAAAUAUAGGAUUCGAAGCAAAAAUGGAUGAAGUUAUACCUACCGGAGAUCUUGAAGAAACUUCUAGAGAGUCGGAAACUCUUCCUGAUUUUGGCGGGAACUCACCGGAAAGAACCGAUUCAACCAACAAGCAUCACACCACGAUAAUCUACAACAUCAUACAGUAUAACAUAUCGAUUUUCAUCAAUGGAGAAAAAACAGAGCAUACGAAAACAGAUAAACUUGUCAGUGUGCACGUACCUGAAACUUCCGGCGAAGAGAAUCAAAAGGUUUCCGAUGAACUUCCGGCUGAUGCUGAGGAUAACGAAUCUGCCGAACAAUUGGAUACCAGUAGCUUAACCGAUACGCAGGAGGAUCCCGAGAGAGAACAUGAUGAAAUUCCGGCAUGCAGUAGGUCAAACUCCAUGGAUUUUGAAUCCGAUAAACAUUCAGAAAUCGAGGAAGAACCUGAAAAACCUGCAACUUCCGGCGAGGAGCUGUUGGAUUCCAUCGAUGAAGAACCUACAAGCAAAUCAGAUGAGAAACCUGCAAUUUCCGGCGAGGAGUUGCCGGAUUCCUCCAUGAAUCUCAACGAAUCAACACGACGUAAAAAAACUGACAAAGAGAUGGAGGAUUCAGGGGAAUACAACCUACGAGGACCAAAUUUCCUACCGGAAGUAGCAGAUCCAGAUGCAGAAACGGUGGAUUUGAAGCACCAGACGAUGGAUGAACGGAAAAACGCAGAGGAAUGGAUGGUUGAUUUCGCGUUACAACAAGCAGUCACCACACUCGCACCAGCUAGGAAGAAGAAAGUUGCAUUGCUUGUUGAAGCUUUCGAGAAACUGAGAUUAUUGAUUCCAAGGUGAAGAAGGUACAUUGAUUACAAGAUAAUGGAUGGACUAGAAGCAUAUUGUGUGAUCAAACAACUAUGAGGAUGGAUUUUAAUAAAUCUAAAGUGGUUUGAGUUUGAUUUCCUAUAGCGAAGUGUUUAAUUUACUUAUAUGUAUGUGUUGUUGUAGAGGUAUUCUUGCCUCUAAACAUUUAUCAAGUUUGUGUAAUGUUAAUCUAGUGUGUGUUUUCUUUUUCCAAAUUUAUCUUAGAAAUGUUAUAGCAUAUUAUUCAUCUGUAGCACAAAAGAAAUCAUCAACUGUUUUUAGAAAGGAUC